AUGACUCGUCUUACCAGAACCACCUUCAAUGGCAAUGCCGAUUUCUCUCGUACAGGUGGCGCGCCCUCUUCUACUGUUGACAACACCCAAGCGAACAACCAACCCCUACCUUUGACCACUACAAAUGACAACAAUGUAUCUCAAGUUGAAACCCCGUCAUCAACAGGAAAUCCGCGUCCGAAACGUCCUGUCAAGAUCCGAGUGAGUGUUUUCACUCCUGACGACGACGACGACGAGAUCUACGAACAAGCCGAUCUGAAGUUCACAUUAUCAGAACCUGAUUCUUAUGCCAAACUCGUGGAAGCUUUCCAAUAUGCCGGUCCUUCAGAAUUGAGUGGAUUUGCUAUUCUCCGCGAGAAUAUGGAAGAUGAUCAUGUACGAACGACGACUUCACAACUUAAAUCAGAGGCUGCCUACGCAAAGUUAUUGCCAGUGGUCAACGAUACGGAAGUCAAAUACAAUGUGGAUUCGGAUGGUGAUCCAGUGUAUGAAAUUGUGGAUGAUGAUGAUGAUUAUGUUGGACCCACUCAAGGGGGUUACCAACCUUUUGUGGGAGGACAAACACAAGGUGUUGUGACUUUAUCACAAGUUUCUGAUAACUUUCAGAAUCUGCAAAUCUCGAAGGAUACUGGACCUGUAUAUCCAACGCCGAACGUUCCAUCUGGUAUGCUACCACCAGUCUAUGGUGAGAUUCCUGAUCUGUCAAACGAGCAGCCUUUUGGGGCUAGCUCAGCGACAUUUCCAUAUGGUGGAAAUCCCAGUCAAUCAUACAACCAGCCGAGAAGGUCGGAUAUGAACGCUCGAAACCCUCCUUCAGCAAAUUGGGACGGCCAACCGACUGCUCCCUUCCGAUCGCGGGGGGAUCGCGGGACUUCGGCACAAGCCCCGUCGUCGACCACUCGUCAACUCAAUGCGUUCGGAGAACCGAAUCGUCCGUCGGCCCAGUCGAUGCACGACUUCAUGUGA